AUGGAGGUGUCUAGGGUCAAAGAGGAGGGAGCGAUAUGCUGGGAUUUGGCAGGCUUGGUGGGGAUGGCUCGGGAGUACGGCGAGUCCUUGGACGCCUUGAUCCUGCUGUUGAGAGCCCCGGAGUUGGAGAUCUCGCUCGGGAUCUGGUCGUACAGAAACUUGGGCAGCCGGUCCGGGUCUUUGGACAUGAUCAACAAGACAGGAAUUUCUAGCGAAUUUGUUUGA